CACGCGCCCAACCACAGUGUUGGUUCCUCAAGAGUUGGGAACCUAUUUUUCAAACUACAAUAAGCUUGAAUUUAGUCCACGUUAUUUCCAGGUGUUUGUAACAUGGACUCUCUCUUGUCAGUCAUGGCAACAGAGGGUGUGGAGACCAUUAGUGAAGAUGUUGCAGUACCUGGGAAGGUCAGCACCAGGUUUGACCUGGAGAAGGAGACUGAACUUAGGUUUGAGGUAGAGGCAGGGGACACCGCAGAGCAGGUUGACCUGGAGCUCCUUACAGGAAUGGCUGAGGUGUUCGGCUCCGAGCUGAACCGCAACAAGAAGUACACAUUUGGACCGGGCUCCAAGAUCGCCGUUUUCACCUGGCAAGGCUGCAGUGUGAAUCUUUAUGGGAAGCCAGAGGUGGCUUAUGUGUCCAAGGACACUCCUAUGCUGCUCUACCUGAACACACACGCUGCCCUGGAACAGAUGAGGAAACAAGCAGAGCGGGACAACGAGAGGGGGCCGAGGGUGAUGGUGGUGGGACCUACAGAUGUGGGAAAGUCAACAGUGUGUCGCCUGCUGUUAAGCUAUGCUGUAAGGGUGGGCCGGAGGCCAACAUUGGUGGAACUGGAUGUUGGACAGAGUGGGGUGUCUGUACCUGGUACAGUGUCGGCACUAUGCAUUGAGCGCCCGGCGGACGUGGAGGAGGGUUUCUCAGUCCAGGCUCCGUUGGUCUACCACUUUGGCUCUACUACCCCUGGGACUAAUAUCAAACUUUACAAUAAGCUGACAUCAUGCUUAGCCAACGUGUUUUCCCGGCGCUGUGAGGUGAACAGGAAGGCUAGCGUGGGAGGCUGUAUCAUCAACACCUGCGGCUGGGUGAAGGGCUCAGGAUACCAGGCUCUAGUCCACUGUGCUUCUGCCUUCGAGGUGGAUGUGGUGCUAGUGCUGGACCACGAGAGGCUCUACAAUGAACUAAAACGAGACCUCCCUCACUUUGUACGGGUUGUUCUCCUACCUAAGUCCGGAGGGGUGGUGGAGCGCUCCAAGGAGUGCAGGCGGGAUACUCGCGAUGAGAAGAUCCGCGAGUAUUUCUACGGCUUCCGUGGAGUGACCUUCUACCCCUUCUCCUACGAAGUGCGUUUCUCAGACGUCCGGAUCUACAAGAUCGGAGCACCGUCCAUCCCGGACUCCUGCUUGCCACUGGGAAUGUCUCAGGAUGACACGCAGCUAAAGCUCGUGCCUGUUACACCAGGGAGAGAUCUCACGUAUCAUGUGCUGAGCGUGAGCAGUGCAGAGGACGGAGAUGAAGGUGCCAGAAAGGGUAUCGUAGAGAGCCCUGUGUGUGGCUUCAUAGUGGUGACUAAUGUGGACACGCAAACACAGGUGAUGAAAGUGCUGUCCCCAGCGCCCAGACCACUGCCCAGACACACUCUACUUAUCAUGGACAUCCGCUUUAUGGACAUGAAAUGAAGUGUUACACUUAAGGAAAGAGAACUUUGUUGUAAAAGAAGUGGAGAGGAGUUCUGUAAAGAAGACGUUUUGUUUCCUAGUUGUGUCUCUUUGUAGGGGCUAAAGAGGGCAAAAGAGAAAAAGUUUCAGUACAGUUGCUGUAAAUUAAACACCAUUUUAUAGACCACACUGUUUGGCCAAUUUGUGGCCAGGGAUGUUUUUUAUCAGUGCAGGAAUUGUUUUCUUGAUAAUAAGUUUUAUGAACAUUGUUUUUCUUCUCUUGCGUAAUAAAUUUUGGAAAUGUAAAACAUUCGGUGUCAGAUAUACUAAGUUUAAUGGUCGCACAUUGUCCUGUCCUACAUAUGCACAAUAUAUGUAUAUCAGUUCACAUUUAUUUUCAUUUUUAUAUGCCCGGUAUUUAAUGGACUAGUUAUGAAAACAUUUGUGUGUUUUUACUUAAUUACAACUUAAUCAAGUCUGGGAAAAGUCUUUUAAUUCCAUGGCUUCACAUUAGGUUCUACUAAAUAUUUCUACAAAGCCUCAUCGAACAAAGCAAACGCAUUAUGAAUGUGUCCGUGAAGUGGGAGACGUGUCCGGUCUUCUCUGUUGUAUACAUCCUGUGGUGUCCAUGUCUAUUUGGACAUAAGUGGAACUGAUGUAUAGUACCAGUAAGGCAGUAAACAUGAAGGACCACUAUGAUUUGUUUAUACUGUCCACACCUGCCAGCUCACUGGAGCUCAUCAAAUAUUCCACAGGCCUACAUGCUGUAGUAUUUAAGUUGGACACUUAUUUCUUAACAGACAGUAACAAUAUCUCAAAUUGAAAGAACAGACUUUGUGAUGCCCAGACAGAUGCUUAAUUACUUUAUGUCCUGAUUUUCAUAUUUAGCAUGUUCUUAACCGUUUAGUGUCUGUGCUAUUGUUCUGAACAUUGGCGUUAAUAUGCCGGAUUGUGGCUUUGUUGUAGGUGGGCCUGUUAUGGAGGAUUUGAGUCGACCAUCUGUGGUCCCCAGAUGCUUUUGUUAGGUGGCUUCUUCUUGACGUAUGGAUUGUAACAUGUGCAUGUGGCUUGGACUAAAGCUGAAUAAAUGUAAAAUGAUCCGGUAUUUCAAAACACAAAAGAAAAGACUAAAUAUUCUUGACUUGGGCACGGAAGUUUGAUGGAAUCAUCUGGCUGUAACGUUUCCAGUAUUACA